UACUUCAUCUCAAAUGUGUUUUUUCCUCCUUCGUUUAUACUCUCCUUGAACCACAUGUACUCAUGUAACUUAAGGUUUUUAAUAGAAUAUUAGAGCUGGAAGAGAUCUUGGAUAACAUCUAAACCAAUUAUGGGCAACAAAACUGAGGUCAAAGAGGUUGAGUGAUGUGCCCAAGGUCGCUACAGUACGUGGCUGACCACGAACCAGAAGCCUGGCCAAGCGAUUCCCGGUUCGGCUGUUUUAUCAAGGGUUACAGAGUUUGCAUUUUUAAUACUAACCAUAGGGAUUUGUCUUGAACCUGCUGUUUAUCAAUUCCGUUGUGUGGUAUUUGUUUUUCUGCAGAGAAAUUCAGAGCCCGGUUGCAGAAGACUUGUCCUGCUAUACCACCAUGAGCUCUGAAUGUGAAGUUGGUGCAUCUAAAGCCGUGGUUAAUGGCUUGGCUCCUGGCAGCAAUGGGCAAGACAAAGAUAUGGAUCCUACAAAAAUCUGCACUGGAAAGGGAGCAGUGACUCUCCGGGCCUCGUCCUCCUACAGGGAAAUCCCGAGCAGUAGCCCUGUGAGCCCUCAGGAAACCCCGCAACAUGAAAGCAAACCAGGUCUGGAGCCAGAGAAUUCCUCAGCAGAUGAGUGGAGGCUUUCUUCCAAUGCUGAUGCCAAUGGAAAUGCCCAGCCCUCUUCACUCGCUGCCAAGGGCUACCGAAGUGUGCACCCCAACCUUCCUUCUGACAAGCUCCAGGGUGCCACUUCCUGCAGCCCAGCCCAGCCCGAGGUAAUAGUUGUCCCUCUCUACCUGGUUAAUACUGACAGAGGGCAAGAAGGCACUGCCAGACCUCCAGCUCCUCUGGGGCCGCUGGGCCACAUCCCCACAGUCCCGGCGACCGCCUCCGCCGCCUCACCUCUGACCUUGCCGACUCUAGAUGAUUUCAUUCCCCCUCAUCUGCAGAGGCGGCCCCACCACAGCCAGCCAGCCAGUGCGCCUGGCUCCUUGCCCCCCGUUAGCCAGACACCACCAUCCUUCUCACCGCCGCCUCCGCUGGUCCCUCCCAUCCCGGAGGCCCUCCACGGAGUCUCGGAGCCUGACCUCACGGGAGCUGUUUCACGUACCGGUUCCAGUCCUCUACUAAAUGAAGUUUCUUCUUCCCAUACUGGAACUGAUUCCCAAGCCUUUACACCAGUUAGCAAGCCAUCAUCCGCCUAUCCCUCCACGACGAUUGUCAAUCCUACCAUUGUGCUCUUGCAACACAAUCGCGAACAGCAAAAACGACUCAGUAGCCUUUCAGAUCCUGCCACAGAAAGAAGAGUGGGAGAACAGGACUCGGCACCAACCCAGGAAAAACACACCUCACCUGGCAGGGCUACUGAAAAAAAAGCAAAAGAUGACAGCAGGCGGGUGGUUAAGAGCACUCAGGAUCUAAGAGAUGUUUCCAUGGAUGAAGUGGGCAUCCCACUCCGGAACACCGAGAGAUCAAAAGACUGGUACAAGACCAUGUUUAAACAGAUCCAUAAACUAAACAGAGACACUCCUGAAGAAAACCCUUAUUUCCCUACGUACAAAUUCCCUGAACUACCUGAAAUCCAGCAAAAUUCUGAAGAGGACAAUCCUUACACUCCUACCUACCAGUUUCCUGCAUCUACUCCUAGUCCUAAAUCUGAAGAUGAUGAUUCAGAUCUGUGCUCUCCUCGAUACUCCUUUUCUGAAGACACAAAAUCCCCCCUUUCUGUGCCUCGCUCAAAAAGUGAGAUGAGCUACAUCGAUGGUGAGAAGGUAGUUAAGAGGUCGGCCACGCUACCCCUGCCGGCUCGCUCUUCCUCACUAAAGUCAAGCCCAGAAAGAAACGACUGGGAGCCCCCAGAUAAGAAAGUGGAUACAAGAAAAUACCGUGCAGAGCCUAAGAGCAUUUACGAAUAUCAGCCGGGCAAGUCUUCCGUUCUGAGCAACGAAAAGAUGAGUCGGGAUAUAAGCCCAGAAGAGAUAGAUUUAAAGAAUGAACCUUGGUAUAAAUUCUUUUCGGAAUUGGAGUUUGGGAAACCGCCUCCCAAAAAGAUAUGGGAUUAUACUCCUGGAGACUGCUCUAUCCUUCCUAGAGAGGAUAGAAAGACUAAUCUAGAAAAAGAUCUCAACCCUUGCCAGACAGAGUUAGAGGCAGAUUUAGAAAAAAUGGAGACGAUUAAUAAAGCACCCAGUGCAAACCUGCCACAGAGCUCAGCAGUCAGCCCCACUCCGGAAAUUUCUUCAGAGCCUCCUGGAUAUGUAUAUUCUUCCAACUUCCAUGCAGUGAAGAGGGAAUCAGAUGGGGCUCCUGGGGAUCUCACUAGCUUGGAGAAUGAGAGGCAAAUUUAUAAAAGUGUCUUGGAAGGUGGUGACAUCCCUCUUCAGGGCCUGAGUGGGCUCAAGCGACCCUCCAGCUCAGCUUCCACUAAAGAUUCAGAAUCACCAAGACAUUUUAUACCAGCUGAUUACUUGGAAUCCACAGAAGAAUUCAUCCGGAGACGUCAUGAUGAUAAAGAGAAACUUUUAGCGGACCAGAGACGACUUAAGCGCGAGCAAGAGGAGGCCGAUAUUGCAGCUCGACGCCACACGGGCGUCAUUCCGACGCACCAUCAGUUUAUCACUAAUGAGCGCUUUGGGGACCUCCUCAAUAUAGACGAUACCGCAAAAAGGAAAGCUGGGUCAGAGAUGAGACCUGCCAGAGCCAAAUUUGACUUCAAAGCUCAGACACUAAAGGAGCUUCCUCUGCAGAAGGGAGAUAUUGUUUACAUUUAUAAGCAGAUUGAUCAGAACUGGUAUGAAGGAGAACACCACGGCCGGGUGGGAAUCUUCCCACGCACCUACAUCGAGCUUCUUCCUCCAGCUGAGAAGGCUCAGCCCAAAAAGUUGACACCAGUGCAGGUUUUGGAAUGUGGAGAAGCUAUUGCUAAGUUUAACUUUAAUGGUGAUACACAAGUAGAAAUGUCCUUCAGAAAGGGCGAGAGGAUCACACUGCUUCGACAGGUAGAUGAGAACUGGUACGAAGGGAGGAUCCCAGGGACAUCCCGACAAGGCAUCUUCCCCAUCACCUACGUGGAUGUGAUCAAACGGCCACUGGUGAAAAACCCCGUGGAUUACAUCGACCUGCCUUUCUCCUCCUCCCCGAGUCGUAGUGCCACUGUGAGCCCACAGUGUCCCAGUCACAGUAAGCUCAUUACUCCAGCCCCAUCAUCUCUGCCCCACCCCCGCCGAGCCCUGUCCCCUGAGAUGCAGGCCAUCACCUCCGAGUGGAUCUCACUUACCGUAGGGGUCCCAGGCAGGCGUCCUCUGGCCCUGACUCCACCCUUGCCUCCUCUUCCAGAGGCUUCCAUCUACAACAUUGACCACCUCUCUUUGUUGUCGAGGGGAAGCCCCUCCAUGUCCUUCAGCCUCCCUCAUUUGAGUUGGUUAGAUUAUUCCAUCCCACGAUCAGCGGUUUCCCCACGGGCCCUGCCUCCUCCCAGUAAAGCCUACUCCCCGACACCCGGUGUCCAAGCCCCCCUUCAUGUCAAUGGAGACAGUGGUAUCCACAUGCUACCUUCAGGCACUCACCAGGAUAGCGUCUCCCAGCCACUGCUGGGGAGCUCUGACAGGGUCAUCUCAGAGCUUAGUGAUGCCUUUAGCAACCAGAGCAAAAGGCGGCCAUGGCGAGAAGAGAGCCAACGGUAUGAGAGGAAAGCAGAGAGGGAGGCAGGUGAGAGAUGCCCUGGUGGACCCAAGAUCUCUAAGAAGAGCUGCUUGAAACCUUCAGACGUGGUCAGGUGCCUGAGUACUGAACAGAGACUCUCAGAUCUCAACACCCCCAAGGAGAGCCGACCCAGCAAGGCCCUGGGUAGCCUUUUUCCAGGAAGGGAGGCUGAGCAGACAGAGCGACCUAGAGGUGGCGAGCAGGCUGAGAAGAGAGCUGCUCAGAGAGAUGGGAGCCAGCCUUCUCAUCAUUCAUUGAGAGCAGGACCUGAUCUCACAGAAUCUGAAAAGAGCUAUGUGGAAGCAGUUUGCAAUGAGAUCAUAAACAUUGCCGAAAAAUCUGUUCAUUACUGCAGCACUGUUUCUCAUCCUCUUGACUUUCAUCACAAGGUAUCCCCUUCUGACAAUAAAUCAUCUUUAAUCAUUUCUCAGCAACCUCAAGCCCAGCAGCGAAGAGUCACCCCAGACAGGAGUCAAACCUCACAAGAUUUAUUUAGUUACCAAGCAUUAUAUAGCUAUAUACCACAGAAUGAUGAUGAAUUGGAACUCCGUGAUGGAGAUAUCGUUGAUGUCAUGGAAAAAUGUGAUGAUGGAUGGUUUGUGGGUACUUCAAGAAGGACAAGGCAGUUUGGUACUUUUCCAGGCAACUAUGUAAAACCUUUGUAUCUAUAAGAAGACUGAAGAUUAUUUUUAUUGGAGGAUGAAGCAUAAUUCACGACUGGUGUCUUUAUUUGAAUGUUGAGUAGGAAAAUGAAUGCAGCAGAUAAAGAAGCAAAAGAGAGGGACAGAGAAGUAUGUUUAAAACCCAAGACCGUCUAAGCUUACUGUGUAUCAGACAGGGCUGAAUCACGUGCUGAGGAAAAAGAAUUGAGGCAAAUGCGUACAUCCUUAACUGCUUCUGGGAGCCACUCCAGCCUUCCCCUCUCCUCCCCUCCACCUCUUGGGUAAUACCUGGAGCACAUUCCAGGAGCAGAGUUAGCCAGAAAUGCCUCCUCCUGUCCCAGCCUUAACCUGCUCCCAUCUCAAAGGGGUCAUUGAGCCUGAAGCAAUCCUCAGGCACCAAGCAGAUCCCCAAACGUUUUCCAGACACUCCAAGCCUCAGAAUCCACUGACUCCCCUAGCCUCCAUGCGCCAGCCGACCUCCUCCCCACCCCCACACUGCUGGAGAUCUGCUGGGCUACCAAGGCUGUCCCUAGACAGUGGUGGAGGCCCCAAGCUGCCCAAGACUGAAUCCCUCCCUGGACCUGCUAAAGUACGGGUGGGGAGAUGGAGGCAAAACUUAGGUGCCCUGUGCAUUCAGCCUGCUGUGCAGCAUUGCCAUUUGCUGAGCUGGUGGUGUUCAGACCAAAAAGCACACAAGGUUUUCCAAUUCCAUGGGAAUUGGGGAGCAGGUAACCAGGCAGAUAGGUGAGGUUAUAUUUGCAUUUCACAUAAUGGAGUCAAGGAAGACCUGCAGCUCUGGAGGUCACUUGCAGUGUGUUCCUUUCCCAUAACACUGGCUUUUUAUAAAUGGUCACUUUCAGGGCACAGUACAGCCACAUUCUUUUCUGGCUUGUGUUUGGCUGGGACAGUUUGGAAUUGGUAGGUCUAUUCUCAUAGAAAAUCAAGAAUGGUGUUCAGUGAUUCGUUCAACAUACACCCAUGUAUACUGGCUGCUGGGGACACUGAUGAGCAAGACACACUCUAGGCUUAGAAGGGACUCACCGUGUCUCCAGGGUUGCGACUCCUAAUACACCCUGAUGCGGCUUCUUUUCAGAGCAGAGGUGCAGAUACAGUGGCUGUGAUUAUGAAGCAGCUAUCAGGAGGUCUGUCCUUUGUGGGGGCCGGAUCCAAGGAGAGAGGCUCCUGUGACACUUGGGGUGCUUAGUCAGAAUUCUUUCCAAUUCAAAGAUGUUUAUCGGCCUCUCUCUUAGAUCCCUUUGUGAGACAAAAAUAGAAACAACCCAUUGGGAACUCAGAGGGGAUUUGGGAGACAGAGAAAAGAACUUAAUCAAGAGAGACUGUGAUAAGUGCUAAGAAGGGUAUGAGAGAGGAAGAGAUGUAUUUUCCCUGGAGGGAUCCUAGAAAGCAUUGUCAUAUUUCUGUCUCCAUUAGCUCACUUUUGAACAACUAGGUUUCUGGAAGAACCUUUGAGAGUAGUUUAUGGCUGGAAAUACUUGGAAACUUUUCCAGAGUUUGCAAACUCUCAUCCUUCCCACAAAUACAUAUCAAGGUCACAAAUAGAAGUAGCAAUUCUAAAUGGUAGGGGUGUGUACAGAGCUCCUACUCUCUGCCGUAGUUCAGAAUGACUCCAGGACCAUUGUCCCAAAGUUUGGAGUCUUUACAAGUAGGUAAAAUCUGUCUGCGGUGCCUCUGCCUCAGCUGCUGUCCCAGAUACCCACCUUAGGAUCCCAACACCGCACCAGACAGUCACAGUACCUUCACUUUCUCCUUAUUCUUUCUUCAAACCUUGCUCUCAGGAAAGAAACUGCCACUGAUUUAUUCACACUAAAGUGUAAAUGACCGAUAAGAGGAAUGUGUUACCUCUUCCCUGAGACAUUUGUUUUUAGCUGGGACAACGCAAAUCCUUAAUCCCAAGGGAAAAGGCUGUAGAACUGGGGAGCAGGGGAGGAGAGGGUGUGCUUCCUGAGUAAAAAGAGCCUUCUUGAUUUUCCUUAGGGCCCAGUGACAAUAAGAUCUAUUGUUUUGGAAGGUCUGCUCCACCAUCCAAGAGCACUGUUUUUUUGACCUCCUCUCUCUGUCUCUGAGGGAAUAUAGUAAAAGUGCAUAUGCACAUGCAUUUUGCACAGCAGCAUUUCACCCAUUUUGGAAUGUAAUUCUUGUAUUGGCUAUUGUGUUUCCUUGUCUUACAUGCAAGCUAUUAAUAACACGAUCUUAUUUAAUAGUGUUUUUGAGGGGUGCUUCUUGAUUAAGUAGGUAAUUUUGAACACCUCUUUAAAUACAGCUAGAAAGUAAAACCAAUUUGUAAAGCCACACUUGCAUAUGAAGUCAGGCUCACGCAUUUGUAUAUCUCCAGACAUCCAGGUAUGCCUCACCAAUUUGCCCAUCUUUAAUAAAGUCAUGUGUUAAAAUUUG